AUGCCUCGCGCGAUCAGAGGCGUUCUUAUCGAAUGCGACCCUUCGAUCAAGUCCAUCAUUGUUAGCAUCGACAGCACGAACCACGAUUACAUCAUUGAAGAUCUAGACGAUGAACGCGUCGUGGUGAAGGAGAACAUGGUUUCCAUGCUCAAGGCAAAACUAGAAGAUCGUCUCAAGGAGAACCUCCCGCCCGAGGAAGAGUCCGGCUCCGAGUAG